AUGCAGCUAAUCGUGGCUACCUUCAGCAACUACCAGGAGUUGGUAGACAAGGCCACCAUACUUGAAGGCGGGCUGCAGCAGAUUGAUAGCCGCAAGCGGAAAUAUGGCCAGGGAAAGUACAACUCUGGAGCUCAGCAGAAGCCCCGCUAUGCCCCAUACUCGGGAGGACAUACCCAUCACACCCAUGGAGGACAUAAUCAUGGAGGACAUAACCAUGGAGGGAAUGGGAACAAUCGCAACCACGACAACAACUCUAAGUCGGGCAAUGGAGGCAAUGGCAACCAGCACCAUCCUGCUCCAGCUCAGAAGGAUCUAAGUCAUAUCACCUGUUUCAAGUGCCAGAAGACAGGACACUAUGCCACUGAUUGUCCGGAGGCCAAGCAGAGGAAUGGAAACGACAACGGUAAUGGAAGCUCAGCAAAGAAGCCCAACCCUUUUCCUCGUGCUUAG